CUAAUAGCAUCCACGUCAGCAAGACAAGAACAGUAAGGGAGAGGAAGGGAGAUUUUACAGAAAACUGUGGGAAACGGGGACGCCAACAAGGCAGAGAAGGAAAGAAAAUCAUACAAACCCGAAGAAAACGACGUUUUUAAUUGCAUUUAUUUUGUUCCUCAUAUUUCUCUUUCGCUUGCCCAAAACCAAACCCAUUAAGUUUCUAUAAUUGAAGAGUUCGUACAAGUCUCUUCUUUAAGAAGAAGAAGAAGAAAAACCCAAAUGCUUCUCGUGAUGCAUGCUCAAGAAGAUUUCUGCUCGGUUGUCAAAGUGGACACUCUUUUAGGCCCUUAUGCCAGUGUUAGAUGGAAGAUGGCGAGCUUGAAAGUUGAUGGUUAAUUUGGAAGUCGAACAAAGUGGAAGUUAAAUCUUAUGACUCGGUGGUUCGAACAAUUUUAUUUCUCGGCAAACAAAUAAAGCUCAAAGGAAACUUGAUGUAGUGGUGUGAGGGCUCUAUAGAGAACCGGAUUUUGGUAAUCUUGGAGUGGAAUAUUCUUUGGUAAUCCAGAUUACAAUUCAAUGCAUAUGGGCAUUGUCAUUUAGGAUCAGAUAUGCGCAGUCGGACUCUAUGAAAGUGAAAGCAUAACAGAAAGUAGAAGAGCGUCUAAACUUUUAAUUCCGCAAUCAGGGGAAAAGAUGGAUUAAUUCAUUCUUUGGAGGAUGUUAACCGUGAUACUUAUAGAAUGAUCUUUGGAAUCUACAUAUAUGUGUCUUCAAAAGGGAAGUUCGAGAUAUUGUGGUUUCUAUGGUCAACCACACAAAAGAAUUUACCUUUUCGCAAUUGAAUUUGGAGUUACUAAUUGGCCUAAAUCAUUUGGAACUUGGCUGAAGAGUCAGGGACGUAGUCCGGGCUCGUUCUCUUGCUAGGAAAAUAAGGCAGAGAACAACUUAUUUGGAAAGUAAUUGGUGAAAGGUGACCAUAUCUGGUGGAAAAGUUUUAGAAGGUGCAUCUGAAAGGAAAUACUUGUUAACUUAUUGUGUCACCGGGGGAAGGGAAUGAAUCAUAACUCAUUAUGGAGAUGAUGGAGGUGAGUGCUGGGAAGUCCCCUUCUGAUUGUAAACAACCUUCGGAGCACACGAAAUCAGCUAAUCAUCGUGGCAAAAAAACUGCAGAAAAGGAAAUGAAGACGUCUGUUUCUAUCAAUUAUGGUGCAACUGCUUGGCAUGAGAACCGAAAAAAGUGGGUUGGAGAUAAAUCUCAGCACACAAAAAGAAACGAAAAGGAUCCGAUCAUAAGCUGGACAACCUCAUAUGAUGAUUUACUCUCAUCUAAUGCGCCUUUUUCUGAGCCAAUCCCAUUGCCUGAAAUGGUGGACUUUUUAGUUGAUAUUUGGCAAGAUGAAGGCCUUUUCGACUUUUUUGACUAAACAGCCGUUGACAGUGUUUCAUUAGCGAGAUGAAGACGUAUCAUACAUCCUAUGGCUGGUUCAUUCAUCCAUUGUCAGUGUUCAAGUAGUAACACAGAGACUGACCAAAGGUGGAGAAAUCUUAAAAACCUAAUUUCUAAUUAGGACCCAUAUAAUCUUCUAUAGCUGAUCAUGACUCAUGAAGAACAACCUUAAAGAUCCUUGGAGUUUUUCUUUAAUUAAUUGAAAACUUAUUUAUAUCUUGUAAGUUGUAGAAGUUCACAUGGUAUAAGGAUGCAACUUUUUUUUGCAUUUCAUUUAGUUUUGAUUAUGAUCAUACAAGAAUGAAAUAUCCCGUCUUCUACUUGUUCCUUAAGCAUGUGAUAAUCAAGUUAAUUGUUCCAAAUUGUCCUGUUGCAUUGGCCAAUAAUAUAGUUUGUGACUGUUUGGGCCUUUAUAUUGUUAUCAUAGAAUGUUCCUGAAAUGAA